AUGAAGCACCUUUUUGCGCUUCCGGCGCUCCUUCGUUCGGCUUCACUGCUCGUGGCCGCUUCUCCACGUUCAUUCAGCGUCAACGACGACGUGCUCGCAUUUCCACAGUAUGACAUUCAUUUCUCCGAAGAUUGGACAUCAGAACAUGACGCGAAUGUUCGACUUCAAAAUUCACGAAACCCACAUGCAGGCCAUGUCGCGCGAGACGACCAACACAAUCUCGAUGGAGAAUCCUCACAAAUCGGCCAGUACAACCCACCCCCCGCGAAAGACGAAUCUACAAAGGACACCGCGCAAGCCACAACGGAGUUCGAUUAUGAGUAUAUGGUUAUGGAAGGCCAGCGCUGGCUAUGUGCGCUCCCACGACAGGUGCCUGAACAGAAAACGGCGCUACCAAAUGGAACCGUGGCAUUGAAUGCCACACAAGCGCGAUUGGACGAGGAGAAAGAGCUGGCACGGGCGGCGACCCACGGAUGGGAGCUAUUGGACGGUAUGCAAGGGAAUUGUAUCUAUUACAACACCGGGUGGUGGAGUUAUCGCUUCUGCUAUAAUCAAGGCGUCAAGCAAUUCCACCAAUUGCCUCCGUCCGGAUCUGUACCGAAAUACCCUCCUCAAGAGGAUCCAGGCGUGGUUGGCUUCGUACUAGGCGCGUAUAGCAAGAAGGACAAGCAAGAUCGUGAAGGAGGGAAAGCAGCGCGAGCGACGAUUGAGUCAACGGGUGAAAGCGCUGUGGAGAAGAGUCUGGGAUCCUCGAUGAAAGUGCAGAGUCAGCCUGGGUACGGAGAGCUCGUCCAGCAUGGCGACUCGACAUAUCUCGUUCAGAAGCUAUCAGGAGGUACAAUAUGCGAUCUUACUGGGAAGGAUCGGAAGAUCGAGGUGCAGUUUCAUUGCAACCCACAGGUUUUAGACCGCAUCGCGCUCAUCAAGGAGACAAGUACGUGUGCGUACCUGAUGGUGAUCCACACAUCACGGCUGUGCAAGGAUGUCGCGUUUCAGCCGCCGCAAAAGGACCAUCCGAAUCCAGUUUCAUGCUCUCCCAUCCUCGCCGAUGACGAGGUGGAAGAGUACAAGAGCAAUCUCGCCACAUUGCGGGCUGCAGCGGAGAUAGCCAAAGCAGCGGCUGCCGCAGCUGCUGACAUACCAGAGGCACUCUUCACAAACGGCGAAGACCCAGCCGCACAGAGCAAGAUGAUCAUGGUCGGCGACAUCAUCCUCGGCGCACAUGAGAUUGUGCCGCCCGGGUAUGAGAUUGAGAAAUCUGCCAUUGUCGGAGGAGGAAAGGAGAUUUACGUCGAUACGCUGGUCUCUUCAACAGGCUCGCGUGUCUUGAACAAAGCGCAGUUGGAAAAAUUGGGAAUCAAAAAGCCUGAUCAAAUCGAGCAUGUGGAGAAACUCGUGAAACAGCUCGAGAGAGCGGCAGAUGGCCGACCUUGGAGACUAGAUGUGUUCGACACACCGCGGGGCCGGGAGUUCAUUGGUAUUCAUGGUGAAGAGGCCCCAUCGCAGAGCGGGGACGAUUCUGCACAGAAGGAAAAAGAUGUUGAUCGAGGAAAGCAGAAGAAUCAUAAUGAUGCGCAAAAGGCGAAGCAACAUAUGGCUACGACGACUACGACUACGACGGUAACGGCUGCGACGACGACGUAUGUUACGUUGCCACAGGCAAAUGAGAAGCAGAAGAAGCAGAAGAAAGCCAAAGAUGAAGGUAGUGAGGAGGAAUUCUUUCGUCAGGAGUUAUGA